AUGCGGCUGGUUCUUAUCUGCAUUAUUAGGUUUAUUCUAGAAUACCUUGAGCAAAUCAUGAAACGUUUAUUGCUGUUAGUGACAUUGUUCAAAAACCUGAAAGUGUUUAGAGUCAAAGCUGGAGGUAUGAGAGUGCCCAAAAAGCAAGAAAACAGACCUGUUGAGAAAAAUGCUAAACCUCCAGGAAAAGAAAAGACAAGUGCUAUUGCAAGUUUUUCAGAAACUCAGAACAUCGGUGUCUUGCUAGCAGAAGUGCUGAGCAAAAUGAGCCACAAAAUUCAUGCAGCAGCAUUACAAGUGGCUCACCAAAAGCCACAGCCUGCCUUGGAGAAGUUCAUACUGCCUAAAAGAAUUUACAUUAUUCAACAGCCACGGAAAUGUUAA